AUGCCUCUAUUUGGACGAAGAUUAUUUCAUCUUAAUAAUAAAGAUGAAAAUACAAAAGAAAAUAAUGAAGAAAUUUAUACUAUUGAACAUACAGGUGAAAUAUUUCAUAAUUAUGAUUUAUAUGAAAAAUUAAAAAAAGCAUAUGAUUUGGAACGAUGGACAUGUGAAUGUACAUGGAGAGCUGGUUUAAAACAUAAAGAAGCAUAUCAAUCAGAAAUUGAAAUAAGAAAAUCUUUAAUAUCAAUUGUACCAAAUUAUUUUCAUAAACCAAUUUUUGAUAUUAUUUAUCAUAAUGUAAAACCAUUAGAAAAAUUAGCUGAAGAAGUAUCGAUUAUACUUGGUCAAAGUUUUGUUAUUGAUGAAAUAGUUCAAUUUAAAAAGAAAAAAGAUAAUAUAACUGUCAAAGGUAUUGUCGAACGAAUUGAAGAUAAUGAUGAUCCUAAAAAACGAACAUCCGAACGUGCAUCUGUUCAAGCAAAACCACCUUCAGAUAAACAAAUGAAAAAUGUUAAGUAUUCAAUUCGAUUAUUUGAUGAAGAUCGUAUUGUUAAUAAUGUUUUACCAAGUGAAUUACAACGAUGUAGUUUUAUACCUAAUCGUGAAAAAUUAAAAACAUUUAUACGUUCCUAUGCUAUUAGACUUGGCAAUCGAGCAGAUAGUCCAUGGAUAUUUUAUGAUGAUUCCAUAAAAGAUAAAUAUGAAAUAAAAGAUAUUAUACCAUCAGAAAGAAUUGAUAAAAUUAAAAAAUCAUUGACAAUUACUCUUGAUGAAAUUCUUCGUGAACAAGAAAGAAUUGCACGUAAAUUAGCUGAAGAAGAAGCUGCUGCUCGCGAAGAAAAAAAGAAAUCAAUGGAAAUUAAUAAUAAUACAUCAAUUCCCAAUGGUAAUUUUGAUGAUUGUCAAAUAAUAUUAUCCGAUGAUGAAAUUAAAUCAACAAUUCCCAUUGAAACUAAGAUUAAAAAAAUAAAAUCUGUUUCAUCAACAUCUAAAAGUCCUUCGAAAUCAUCAUCAUCAUCAACAAAAAAAUCUCAAAAUACAACUAAACAAAAUAAAUCUCCAACAAAAUCUAAAAAACAAUUAACAUUAGAUGAUAUGAAAUUUACUAAAAAUUCAACAAAUCAUAAUCAAUUAUUAGAAAAAUCAUCUGUAACAACAUAUGAUAUAGUUAUUCCAUAUUCUUUAUUACAAAAAUUAGAUAAAACACGUCGUGAACGUGGUAUAGAUUCAAAAUUUUUUCAUCGUCUUAUUCUUCAAUGUGCACGUACAUUAAAUGAUAAACAACGUUUACGUUUACCUGAUGAAUAUCGUUCAUUAAUACAACUAAAAUAUGAUGAACUUGAAUUAAAACGACGUUUAUCACAAAUGAAUGAUGAAGAAAAAAAAUUAUUUCUACAAACAAAACGUUUAGAACAAAAACCAAUUGAAGAUCUUGAUUUAUCAUUAACUAAAGAUAUACCAUUACCAAAAGAAAUUCAAACAAAUUUAAUAUUAUCAUCAAAAUCUUUAAGUGAUUUACUUAUGAUAUGUACAUUUUUAACAUCAUGUCAUUCAUUAUUUUCAUUAUCAUUAAAUGAUGAUAUACCUAAAACAACACAAAUAUAUUUACGUACAUUUAAAUUUAAUUAUUUACUUAAUACAUCAACAAUAAUAUUUUCAAAUUAUUUUAUUGAAAUUUUACAAAUAUUUAUGAAAUUAUUAUUUAAAGAAGAUGAAAAUCGUUCAAAUAAUGAUGAAGAAGAAGAUGACGAUGAUGAUGAUGAUAAUGAUAAGAAUGAAAAUAAUGAAAUAAAUAAACAAAAUUUUAAUCAUAUUAAUUAUAAUGAACAUAUUGAUAUUGAUAAAAAUAUUGAACAAAUUUAUUCAAUUCAAUUAUCUCAAAUACCAUUAACAUCAUUUACAUGUCAAGAAUUAACACGUUUAUAUUUAUUAAAAGAAAAAGAUGAUAAUAAUCAUGAUAUAUUAGAUAAAUUAGCUAAUUGUGAAACAAAAGAUUUAUCGAUAUCUGAACAAAUUGAUCUUCUUCUAUUAUUGGUAAAUACAAUAACAACAGAUAAUGAACUAAUGUCUGAUUAUUUUGAAUAUUUAACACGUACAUUAUCUGAAGCAUCACGUGAACGUAAUCAAUUAUUAUCUGAACGUCGUCGUGCACAUGAAGAAGAAAGUAAAGAAAAAAAAUUACAAUUACAAAAUGGUGAUAAUGAAAAAGUUUCAACUAAAAAACAAACUAAACUUGGACCAUUAAUAACACCAAAAAAUAGUAAUGGAACAACAAAUGAUGAAAAUCGACAAUCAACACCAAUUGUUGGUGAUGAAAAUGGUGAAAUUGAAAAUACUAAUGAUGAUGAUCUUAAAAGUGUUUUACAACGACGACGACAAAUGGUUGCAAUAUCAAAAGAAUUAAAAGAAAAACGUGAACUUGAAGCACAAAAACUUCAAAUAAAACAAAAACGUCAAUUAGCUAUACAAAAAGCAGAACAAAUUUAUCAAGAUGCAUUUCUUAAUGUACAAUAUGGUUUUCGAAUUAAACCAUUAGGUUUUGAUCGUAAUUAUAAUCGAUAUUGGUAUUUUCGAGGUUAUCCAGGUUUAUUCGUUGAGAAAGGUUGGAUUGGUUCAGAUAUAAAUUAUUCUGUUCAAUCAUCAUCAUCAUCAUCACAAGAUACAUCAUCUUCUAUGAAUGGUGAAAAAUUAAUACCUAAAGAUGAACCAAAUCAAUGGUUUCUUUAUGAUGAUGAAAAUAUAAUUCAACAAUUAUUACAAUCAUUAAAUGAUCGUGGUAUACGUGAACAUAAUUUAUUAGUUAAUCUUAAAAAACUAAUGCCAUGUAUUCAUAAUGAAUUUGAACAAAUAAAAAAAUCUAAAAAUUCUAUUGAACAACAUGAUGAAAAUCUUGAAACAACCUAUGAUAUAAUAUCAUCAUUUAAAAGUGAACUUGAAGAUAUUGAAACACGUUUACGUCUUGGUUCAUUGGGUGGUUUUACAAUAAAUGAAAAUCUUAAUGAAUGGCAAACAAAAUUAAAACAAUCUAUUGAACGUAUUGAUCUUGCUGAAUUACUUAUACAAUUACAACAAACUGUUGCUGAUAAAUAUGCAACAGGUAUAUUUAAUUUACCAGAUAAAAAAUUUUUACAAAUAUGGAUAAAUGAUUGUCGAACAUGUAAAACAUAUUCACGUUUAUUUGUUUUAAUGAUGAUAUUUGAAAAUUCUAUAACAUGGAAUAAAUCAACACUUGGUAUUAAAUGUAAAAUAUGUCGAAGAAAACAUAAAGAUGAAUAUAUUAUUGUUUGUGAUCAAUGUUGUUAUGGUUUUCACCAAGAAUGUUUACGUGAUUAUUCAGAUAAUAUAACUAAUUCAACAAAUGAUUUAUGGUAUUGUCCAGCAUGUCGUCCAUCAUCAAUAUCAAAACGACGUGUUAAACAAGAUAAACAAAAAAUUGAUUAUUAUGAAAAUGAUAUUUAUGAUGAUGAUAUGGAAGUUGAUACAACAUCAAAUACAAGUAGUCAUGAACAUAAUAAUAAUGAUGAUUUAACAGAUUCAAAUACCGAUAAUGAUAAUGUUGAUAAUGAUGAUGAUGACGAGGAGGAGGAGGAGGAGAAGGAGGAAAAUGAUGAUGUUGAAGAUGAAGAUCAUGUAUGUUGUAUUUGUAAUGUUGAAAAUGAUUUAAUUCAAUGUACACAAUGUCAUCAAUAUUAUCAUUGUCAAUGUCAUGAACCACCAUUAAGAUGUCCACCAAGAUCAACAACAUGGAUAUGUAAUAAUUGUCGAAAUGGAAAUACAAAUGAAAUAAAUCAUUCAUCACGUCAAUCAAAAACAAAAAAACAAAAGAAAAAAUCGAAAGAAAAAAAUCGAAUACAAUCACAUAAACAUAAUGGAACACGUCGAAGUGCACGUAAAAAUUAUCGUGAAAUUGAUGAAGAUGCAGAAGAUGAAAGUGAUGAAGAAGAAAAAACAAUAGCACAGCGACGUUCAAAACGAUUACGACGAUCAGAUUCAUCUCCAAUAAAAAAUAUAGAUAACAAUCAAAAUACACGUCGACGAACUCGUUUAGCAAAAUCUAUAGCAUCAUCAUCGGAAGAUGAUCAAAUAACAAAUAAUCAUAAUGAAAAUAGUGAUACCGAACAAAAUGAAGAUGAAGAAGAAAAUGAAAAUAAUAGCAAUGAUUCUCCGUCCUCAGACUAG